AUGGCCGAGCAGUCAAGGACACCACAGCAGCAACAGCAACAUUCACAGCCCAAACUCGCCCAAGAACUCGUAGACGCGGGCCAGCAAGCCUUUGACCCAUCACUCGAUGCAGAAUCCAGAGAGGCAGGACUAAAGAGUUACAAUGAGCUCAUCAGACGGACCGAGACCUGGGCUCUCUUACCUGCUCUGAACGCGCUCAUCAAGCCUGGCGUCCUACCACCGUGGCUCUCCAAGGGGUUUAUGCAGACGCUCACAUUCUUCCCCUUGCGGCCCGACGGUGUCAGAGGCACCAUGGAGUUUGUCUUCUCCGUGCACCCGAGCUCGUCACAGCUUCCUCCCGACGGGACGGCACCGCAGAAGCAGGGAGCCAGCAUCACCCAGGAGGCCGUGUCGAUUGUCACUAGGCUCCUCGCGGCGGUGCCGGCGUCCAUGUCGGCGCAGGAGUGGUGCGAGGGGAUAUCAGGGCAGAUGUUUCACCUCAUGGAUGGGAAGGAUGGCCCGGAUCUCGCGCGCACGUCGGCCCGGAUCGUCGGGUUUGGAUUCCUGGGUAGGAAGGAUCUGGGAGCACCAGGGUCACCCGGUUGGAAUGUAUUCGUCCAGCCACUUCUGGCAAACGUUGACCCAUCGCUACGGUCCAGAGGAGGGCUGGGAGAUGACAAAGACACCAUCAAGAGGGAAGAAGGAGAGGAAGGAGAAGGAGAAGUCGUUGACCUGACUCGGGACCGAGUUCUCACCACGACCGAGUCACUCGAGACGACCCUGAAACGCCUCAAGAUAUUGAUCCUCUCCAACCCGGCACCAGGGCUCUGCAAGAGGAUCCUCAAGCCUAUCCUCGUGCAGCUGUGGUCUCUGGCCUCCUGGCCAGGUGCUCCCACCACGCAGGACUCCCCUCGGGGCAUGGCGCGGACGCUGGACGUGUCCGUACUGUUCCUCAGAUUGCUUCGGCAGUGGAUCAAGACGACGGGGGAGUCGGCGGACAUCAGGCUCCCGAUGGAGACGGGGGGGAAGGAACAGAGACCAGGAUCGCCUCUUCGAGACUUGUUCGAGGUGACGCUCCUACAGAAGCUCCUGGACAAGGCGCCAGAGAAGCUGGUCAGCCAGUUUGACCAGCUACUGGAACUCAUCGUCCAGGUGCUGCAGGCCGACGGCGAGAUGCGCAUGGACGACGAGCUGGUCGGCGUCGUCCUCAGUCUGCUGAACAUGGUGGUGACGGCACCGACAUUUCAGAAGUCGGACAUCAGGAAGGACGAGCUCGACAAGAUCGAGGCAUCGCUGGACAGGCUCAGCCGAGAGCCGGACAGAGGCUCGGCAUCCCAGACGGCGGCGAACCUGGGCCUGCUGCUCAGGUACCGCGGGGACAUGGACGGGCCGGACGACGAGGCGGCGGCGGCGGCGGCGCCAAGCAAGCGCCAGGUCGAGGACCGGCGCACGUACGACCUGGCGAUGAGCUACAUGACGGGGGCCGACAACCCACCGCCGGUCAUCUCGGAGGGGAUCAACCUCCUGUCGGGACUGAUCGUGGCAGGCAGCCCGAUGCUGGACGUGACGGCGGUCAACGUGCUGCUGUCGAAGCUGCUGGCCAACGGCGAGGACUACAUCAACCUGAGGGUGAUCAAGACGUUUACGCAGCUGGCGAGCAAGCACCCCCGGUCGACGGUGGGGGAGAUAGCAGACCACUACCUGGACGCGCAGGAGCGGGAGUCGACGGACACGCGUCUACGGUUCGGCGAGGCGCUGGUCCAGGUGAUUGAGCGGCUGGGCGAGACAUUUACGGGCGAGGUGGCACAGCAGGUGGGGGAGACGCUGGUGUCGAUCGCGGGCCGCCGGGGCUACAGACCCAAGACGCUGGCGCGUCAGGCACGGGAAGAGAGGCUACGGGAGAUGAAGCGGAGGAAGAAGGAGAAGGCGGCGGAAAGGGGGCAAGACGAUGACGACGACGAUGACGGCGACGACGUUAUGGGUGAUGGCGAGGAGGAGGAGGAGGAGGAGGGGCGGGGGGGGGACCGGUCGCGCAGAGAAGCACUGGCACAGAUCGUGCAGGGGUGGGACAGCAAGAGGGGAGCCGAGGACGUGCGCAUGAGGACGUCGGCGCUGUCCAUCCUCGGGGUGGCGAUGGAGACCAACAUGCGCGGGAUGGGGGCAACGCUGAGCUCGAGCGUGGUGGACCUGUGCGUCAGCGUGCUCACGCUCGAGCCAGAGGUGGAGAAGGGCAUACUGCGACGGGCGGCUAUCGUGACGGUCCUCAGCUUCGUCCGGGCCCUGGACCGGGCACGGGAGCCGCGGCAGCGGCAGCGGCCUCCGCUCGGGUUCGGCCUCACGGACGAGAGCCGCGACGACAUCGUCCGCACGCUGCGGUACGUGGCCGAGACGGACAAUGACGGGCUGGUCAAGGAGCAUGCCAGGGACGUCAUCGAGAGCCUGGAGAGCUGGCAGCUGUCGCAGUUCGUGCCGGCGCCGAGCGGCGACGCUCAGGGUCUACCGACCAUCAGCAGGCUGGCAGGGCUGACGGUCGAUCCCGACGUCGGCAGCAGCAACAGCAGGAUUGGUGGACGUCCCAGGAUCGAGGAGGUUGAGUGA